AUGCCUGAAGUGAAUGGAGUGCUCAAGGAGCAGAGUCAGCCAGAUGGGGUACGCCCUGCCUCCGGUCGAGUAUCCAGUGCUUCCAUGAUGCGUUCAGUUUUAUCGUCUUCCGAGUCCUCGCCCUCCUCUGAAUCCGUGCCCUGGUCCUCAGCCAUUGGUCACGCCGGCACUGGGAAAUCAGGCAGAGUAAUUGAGCGACUUCAGGGAGAUAUUGACCGCCUGCGACGCGAGAAACAACUACUCAAGACGCGGCUUGAAGAAGCAGAGAAAGAGAAUGAGACCCUGAAGACACGAAACCAGUCGCUGCAGGACCGGACGAGCAACUACGAACAGUCACAUGAAGCAAAUAUUCGGCAACUGACACGGAGGGAGAGACAAGUCGAAGAGCUCCGAGAAGAGCUGAGGAAAGAGAAAUUGAAGACUGCAGCUGCGGAAGCCCAGGCCGCAGCCGCAGCUUCAAAUGAGGAGAUUUGGAGGGACCAAGCCAGUCAGGCCAAGGCCCUCGCCGUUCAGAAAGAAGUAGAAUACGAAACCGUGGUGGCCUGCCGGAAGGUCGAUUACGAUCGACAUCAAAGUGGAUUGGACAAGAUCAAGGGCAGCCUUGACGGUCUGUUACGGCGCCAACAAGAUGAUUUGGAAAAGCAAAAGAAACUGGAGAUCAUUGCCGAGCAGCAACGCCAGACCAUUGCCCAGCUCGAAGAGUUGACAAAGAGAUUGACGACGAAUUUCAAGGCCUACAGAUAUGAAGUCGACGCCGCCAUCUCCGAUCUUCGCCAGGCCGCGAGCCACAACGACCAAGCAUUGACUCAGAAGCUGGACGAGAUGACUGAAGUGACUGGAAGAAUGCGAUGGGUCAUCAAAGUUGAUGAUAUUGUGAAUCACAACCAUCACGAUCCUGUGCAAGGACAGCCGCAGCACUCUCGACGAGAUCACGUCUCGAGACCGCCUUCGGCUCACGAAGAACUUUCAAAGAGAAGCCGCAGCCCCACGAAGAAUGUGCUCACAAAACACAGGCGGAAAGAUUCAGCAAAGGCCUCUAGAUGA